ACACGUAUUAGCCAAUAAAGUCUCCGCUCUAAAAAAAAGUUGUUUCUCUCUUAUCUUUUCGAAAGUUUAUUCUUUUUUCACCGGUGCGUACCGCCGCGCCGCGCCGUACCGCAACUAUAUAAGUAAUUACGCGCCCUACUGUUUCAUCAAUAAUUCCAUUGUUUCGUUGCCGAAAGUAGAAAACUAAGAUUGAGAAAAAAGACGAUCAAUAAUGGGUGGAAAAUGGUCGAGCAUGGAUCCGUCGCAAGUGGAAGUACCGGAGAUCGAUGUUUUAUUAAAAAGAGAUCCAUAUUUAAAACCUUAUGAGAAUGAAAUUCGCAAAAGGUAUGCAUUGUUUAAAGAUUAUACAGAGAAAGUGGAAGCUGGUGAUAAUGAUCUAGAUAAGUUUUCAAAAAGUUACGAGACUUUUGGGAUUCAUGUAAAAGAAGACAAUAGCGUCGUUGCAACGGAAUGGGCGCCUGGUGCACAAGAAUUAUUUUUAACAGGAGAAUUUAAUGGCUGGAACAAGACAGCCAAUUCCUAUAAAAAAUUGGAGUACGGUAAAUGGCAAUUGCAACUACCACCCAACCCUGAUGGCAGUUGUCCAAUAAAACAUAAUUCAGAAGUAAAAUUGAUCAUUAAAAGCCACAAUAAUGAACUGUUGGAGCGUUUAAGUCCUUGGGCUACCUACGUUACUCAAAAUAAAGCUGAAAGCGCUACUUAUAAGCAGCGACUAUGGAAUCCAUUACCUGAAAAUGUUUAUAAGUUUAAGCAUCCAAAGCCAAAGAAACCUGAAAGUCUCCGAAUCUACGAAUGCCACGUGGGAAUCGCAACGCAGGAAUUGAAAAUCGGCACCUACUUAGAAUUCGCUCGGGACAUAAUCCCGCGAAUAGUAAAACAAGGCUACAAUACCAUACAAUUAAUGGCAAUUAUGGAGCACGCUUAUUACGCCAGCUUUGGAUAUCAGGUUACAUCGUUCUACGCUGUUUCCUCCCGCUACGGUAAUCCGGAGGAGUUAAAAGAAUUAAUAGACACAGCACACGCGCACGGUUUGUACGUUUUGUUGGACGUGGUGCACUCGCACGCUUCGAAAAACACGCUGGACGGUUUGAAUAUGUUCGACGGUACCGAUGGCUGCUUUUUCCACUCUGGAAACCGCGGUCAGCAUCCGUUAUGGGACAGCAGGCUGUUCAAUUACGGAGAAUACGAAGUUUUACGGUUCCUAAUAUCCAAUUUACGGUGGUACAUAGAAGAGUACAAUUUCGAUGGAUUCAGAUUUGAUGGAGUCACCUCGAUAUUGUACCAUUCGAGAGGAGCUGGCCAAGGUUUCAGUGGCCACUACGAUGAAUAUUAUGGUCUUAAUGUAGAUUUUGAGGGUGUGGUUUAUCUAAUGCUCGCCAAUCACUUAAUGCACCAUCUCUAUCCGGAAAUUACUACCAUAGCAGAGGACGUCAGUGGAAUGCCCGCGAUUUGCAGGCCAGUCAGUGAGGGUGGCAUAGGUUUCGAUUACCGUCUAGCCAUGGCUAUUCCCGACAAAUGGAUAAAACUUCUGAAAGAAGUUAAGGACGAGGACUGGAACAUAGGAGAUAUCUGUUGGACGCUGAGCAAUCGCCGAUGGAUGGAGAAAACGGUCGCGUAUUCAGAGUCGCAUGACCAGGCUCUCGUCGGUGACAAAACUAUCGCUUUCUGGCUCAUGGACAAAGAAAUGUACACUCACAUGAGCGUCUUGAGUCCACCUAAUCCGAUUAUAAAUCGCGGUAUCGCGCUGCACAACUUAAUCACCUUGGUAACUCAUGCACUGGGUGGAGAGGCGUAUUUAAACUUCAUGGGCAACGAGUUCGGUCAUCCCGAGUGGUUGGAUUUUCCUCGAGCCGGGAACAAUGAUAGUUACCACUAUGCUCGAAGGCAGUGGAAUUUAGUUGACAACGAGUUGUUGAAAUACCAAUUCAUGAACAACUGGGAUCGAGCUGUGAAUCAAUUAGAAGAAAGAUAUGGCUGGCUUCAUGCUAAUCCCGGUUACGUGAGUUGGAAACAUGAGGAUGACAAGGUAAUAGUUUUCGACCGAGCUGAUCUUACCUUCGUUUUCAAUUUUCAUCCGACUAAAUCGUUUCCCGAUUAUCCGGUCGGCGUCAAAACGCCAGGAACUUAUAAAGCUGUCCUCUGCAGCGAUGCUAAAGAUUUCGGUGGUGAAAAUCGUGUAGACGUCAAUGUGAAACAUUUCACAGUACCGGAAGCGUACUCAGAUUAUCCUAACAAAAUGAUGAUCUACAUUCCCUCUCGUACAGCCACCGUCUACGCUCGAGAGCCAUAAGAAGGGAUAUUCGAUCUCA